UUGUAAACAAGAAACUGCAGAGACAACAAUUACUCGCUUUCUCCGUUUCGUUUUGUGACAGGGUGAUGGAGGGUACUGAACCUGAUGUACAAAGGCAUCCCCUGGAAGAUGCAGAAAAUGAAUGUCCAAUAUCCGCCGAGGUGGUUUUGGGGCAAGAGAAUCAGACUGGGAACCCCUGUGAUUCUUCUGUUGAAGACGCUAUUAAGAUCAUUGACACUGAGAAUGAGUGUACAGGUCCAAAUGUUUGUCCUGUUGACCAUAGUCACAUUAAAAUUAAUGAUGAAUGCCAGACAUCAAAUAUUUUCCAUGAUGACAAAUUUCAUAAUGAUAAUGUCAGUAGUGGAGAGUUGUGUGAGAACCCCUGUGCUACCUCUGUUAAUAUAUCAAUGACUAGUACUGAUGUGAAAAAUGAGGACGAAAUAUAUGUGGCUCCAAAGAUUGGUAUGGAGUUUGAAUCAGAAGACAAUGCUUACAAAUGUUAUAGCAUGUAUGGUGUCCUGAAAGGUUUUAGCAUUAGAAAGGAUUUUGUCAACAAAAGUAGGAUCAAUGGUGCAGUGGUAUCCAGAAGAUAUACCUGCCAUAGACAGGGUUAUCGGCCAAACAAAAAUGGUACAUACUUGAGGAAAUUUCAGCAGGAAACAAGAACUGGUUGCUUGGCACACAUGACUAUUGCUCGUCAGCCGAAUGGUAAAUUUCAGGUCACUCAUUUUGAAACUGAGCACAAUCAUGAGUUUGUAACACCCUGUACUGCUCAUAUGUUACCAUCACAGAAAAAAUUGAGUGUUGCUCAAGCUAUUGAAGCAAACUUAACUAUAUCCGGGUUGGAUGAGACACCAAAACUGGGAAUGGGAUUUGACUCAGAUGAGGACGCAUAUGAAUUUUAUAAUGCAUAUGCUGGACGAGUAGGUUUCAGUGUAAGAAAAGAUUAUGUAAAUAGGAGUAAAAUUGAUGGUGCUGUGGCAUCUCGACGAUUUACUUGCUUCAGAGAAGGUUUUCGGCAGAAAGACAAAAGAGAUAUGAACGCAAAGAAACCUCGGAAGGAUACUAGAAUUGGAUGUUUGGCCCAAAUGGUUAUUUCUCGCCAACCUGAUGGUAGGUAUCAUGUUACCCACUUUGAGGAAAAGCAUAAUCAUGAACUUGUUGAUGCAUGUAGAGUGCACAUGUUAAGAUCACAACAAAAGGGGUUAACUGCUACUCAAAUUGAAAAGAACAUAAUGGAUGGAUUGCCUACAUCAACCUCUGAAACCAAUUGCAAGGCUCGUCUUGAUUAUGAUCCCGUCAACCGAGAGUAUAAACUACCUUUCAAAUGUAGUAGCAACAUGAAGGAGGGAGAUAUUGAAAAGAUUAAGCUUCACUUCCAAAUCAAGCAAACAAAGAAUCCUUCUUUCUUUUACGCAUUCCAGGUUGAUGCUGAUGAUCAAAUAACUAAUAUAUUUUGGGUUGAUACAAAGAUGAUUGUUGAUUACACUGAUUUUGGUGAUGUUGUUUGUUUUGAUAGCAGUUAUAAAUACUAUAAGGACUCCCGGCCAUUUGUUCCAUUCCUUGGUAUAAAUAAUCACCAGCAAAUGACUAUCUUUGGGGCUGCACUUCUUCAGAAUGAAUCUGUAGAAUCUUUGAAGUGGCUGUUUACAGUUUUCCUUGAGGCAAUGUCUGGAAGAAAGCCAAAGACGAUACUUACAGAUCUAGAUGUUGUAACAGCUGAAGCAAUCAAUGUCAUACUACCCCAAACAAAUCAUCGAGUUUGUGUAUGGCAUGUCUAUCAAGAUGCCCUCAAGCAUCUGAGUCAUGUUUCUGCUGGAUCUGAUUCUUUCGUAAAUGAUUUAAGAAGCUGCCUUUUUCAUCACGAGGAGGAGGAUUAUUUUGUUAAUGAAUGGAAUGCUCUCCUGGACAAGUACAAUCUGUGGGAAAAUAAAUGGUUGCAACAAAUAUUUGGAAGCAGAAAUCGAUGGGCUAUAGCAUAUGGAAGACAAUAUUUUUGUGCUGACAUAGAAAGCAUGCUACUGAGAGAAAAUCUUACUGGCAACCUGAAAAGGUACCUAAAGCAUGACUCCGACAUUCUUCCACUUUUCAAGUAUCUUGUUAAAGUGGUUACUGAUUGGCACUACAAGGAAUUAGAAGCCAAUUAUGACAUGAACCAGCGUAUGCCACCGCUGCUGGGGGAUAUCGUUACGUUAAAGCAUGCAAGAGCUCCAUACACACCAAAGAUAUUUGAGUUAUUUCAGAAAGAAUAUGAAGCAUCUUUGAAUCUAGUGAUAAAGCAUUGCACUGAAAAUGGAUCGUUGUAUAAUUAUAAAGUUAGCGUAUAUGAACAGGCACGGGAAUAUUCAGUUACAUUUGAUUCUUCUGAUGAGACAAUCAGUUGUAGCUGUAUGAAAUUUGAGUAUGUGGGGAUGUUAUGUUGCCAUGCAUUAAAAGUUCUUGACUAUGUGAACAUAAGGAUUGUUCCAUCUCGGUACAUAUUAAAGAUAUGGACAAAAGAUGCUAGAGUUUGACCUCUGAACUUUAUAGGCAAAUUUGAACUUGUAAAUUGAAGGGUUUAAAUUUGCCAAGGGCGCCGUUUUGUAACCAUGGCAGAUACAAAGUAGCGUUUUGUUACCAAACAGAUAGCCUAUGUAAUUGUAAUGUAUUAGUCUUAUGACAGAUGUGCAGCAUCUUCCUGAAAGGUUAGUUUGUAAGCCGAAGACCUAGGUUCAGAAACACACCCUCUGACUUUGAAAUAAGCAAAUAAAUUUCCAUAAA